ACCAUACCCCCCUCCGAAGAACAAGUUUUAGGAAGGGAGGGCCUUACUUCUCUCUAAGGCUCCAAGCUCGACUGCUCUGCUCCAUUAAGGGGAGUUGGGAAGGUGUAAUAGUAGCAGCAGCAGUAGUAGUACUGGUUGUAGUACUAGUAGUAGCUUUAGUAGUGGUGUUUACCUUGGGGCUUGUGUCUGUUGCUGCCUCUAGCUUGGGGUAGUGGGUUGGGGGAGAGGGACGGAUGGUAGAGUUGUAGCUUUUCUCCUUCAAUGUCCCCUUCCCCCUUUCCGAAGAAUGAGUAUUCCUGAGGAAGAGUUUGAUUAUCCUCAGUAAAGGACCUAGCUUGAGUUAUCCACCAACUUUGUCUGUGGGGCUCCAAAUUGGAUGUAAUAACUUAGUUAAGUCCUUAUCAAUUAAAAAACAAAGAAAAUGACGGAAAUAUUGGAGCAUCAUUUCUACUGGAAGUCCAAUUAACACCCAUUCCUCAAAUACUUGAUCACCAUCAGCCCUGGCAUGGCGCAGAGCAGUCCGCAGCUUGAUAUCCAGAUACUCCAUGAUCUUCGGCAACUUUUCCCUGAGAUUCCAGAGGGUGUGGUAUCACAAUGCAUGUUGCAGAAUAACAACAACCUGGAAGCUUGCUGUCGGGCCCUUUCACAGGAAAGCAGCAAAUACUUGUAUAUGGAUUACCAGAGCCCAGAUGAUAACAGAAUGAAUAGAAAUCGCUUUUUGCACAUUAACCUGGGUGUCCAUUCACCUAGUAACUACCAUACAGGAGAUGGAGCUCAACUUAACGGUGGUCGAACACUGGUACAUAGUUCAAGUGAUGGUCAUAUUGAUCCACAGCACACGCCAGGUAAACAGCUGAUAUGUUUAGUUCAGGAACCACACUCAGCCCCAGCUGUUGUGGCUGCUUCUCCCAACUACAACCCAUUUUUUAUGAAUGAACAGAAUAGAAAUGCAGCUACUCCUCCUCCACAGCCACCUCAACAGCCAUCUUCCAUGCCAACAGGAAUGAAUACAUCUGCUAUGCAAGGGCCUUCACCACCACCACAGCCACCUCCCUCAUACAUGCACAUACCUCGUUAUAGUACAAAUCCAAUUACUGUUACAGUAUCACAAAACCUCCCCUCUGGACAGACUGUUCCCAGAGCUUUACAAAUUCUUCCACAAAUUCCAAGCAAUCUCUAUGGGUCUCCUGGUUCUAUAUAUAUUAGGCAAGCAUCUCAAAGUUCAUCAGGAAGACAGACUCCUCAGAGUACACCCUGGCAGUCCUCACCACAAGGCCCCCUACCACAUUAUAGUCCACGUCCUUUACCUGUUUAUCCACAUCAGCAAAACUAUCAGCCUUCGCAGUAUUCUCCCAAACAGCCACAGAUCCCUCAAACUGCUUAUCGAUCACCACCUACUUCUCAGUGUCCUUCACCUUUCGGUUCUCCUCAGCAUCAAGUGCAACCUCCUCAGUUGGGUCACCAGAGUUCGCAUGUCUUUAUGCCACCUAGUCCUUCAACUACUCCACCCCAUCCGUAUCAAGCACCUCCAAGCUAUCAGAAACAGGGAGGUCAUUCGGUAUCCUAUCUCCCUUACAGUGCAUCUAGUUUAUCCAAAGCUUCCAUGAAGAAAAUAGAAAUUACAGUUGAGCCCCCACAAAGACCUGGGACAGCAAUUAAUAGAAGUCCUUCACCAAUAAGUAAUCAGCCAUCUCAGCGGAACCAACACCCAUUGUAUACAGCCACUACUCCACCUUCAAAUUCUCCUUCGAGAGGAAUGUCUAAUCAACCCAAACCUCCAUUUAGUGUUAAUCCCGUAUAUAUUACAUAUACACAACCAACUGGACCUCCCUGUGCUCCUACACCAUCUCCUCGGGUAAUGCCAAACCCAACGACAGUUUUCAAAAUUACAGUAGGCCGAGCAACGACUGAAAAUCUUUUAAAUUUAGUGGACCAAGAAGAGCAUUCAGGGGCACCAGAACCUAUUCAGCCCAUUUCAUUGAUACCAGCACCGGGAGGAGAGAAAGGAAGCCAUAAGCAACAGAAAAGUUGUAGUUCUGGAUCUGAUGAUUAUGCUUAUACUCAAGCCUUGCUAUUACAUCAGCGAGCAAGGAUGGAGAGGUUAGCAAAACAAUUGAAACUUGAGGAAGAAGAACUCGAGCGGUUGAAGGCUGAAGUUAAUGGUAUGGAGCAUGAUCUUAUGCAGAGACGACUUAGAAGAGUUAGCUGUACCACGGCAAUCCCAACUCACCCUAGAAAUUUGGAACUGGAGAUAAAUGGAUAUUGGGAAGACUUUUGGAGGAGAUGUGGCACUUAUCCACUUGGAAAGCCUGAGGAAAUGACAAGAUUGAGAAGCAUGAACAGACAACUCCAGAUAAAUGUUGACUGUACACUGAAAGAAGUUGACCUCCUUCAAUCUAGAGGCAAUUUUGAUCCAAAAGCCUUGAAUAAUUUUUAUGACAAUAUAGAACCUGGUCCAGUUGUGCCACCGAAGCCAUCAAAAAAAGGGACUUCAGAUACCUGUACAACAGAGAGAAAAGCCCGAAGAAUCAGUGUGACCUCCAAAGUACAGUUGGAUCCCCUGGAUUCCCAGGCUACUACUGCUGAUGAGCAUCCAGACAGCUCCAAAAAGACUUCAAAGGCCCAUCCAAAAGAUGAAGACUUUGAAGGGGCUCCAUGGAAUUGUGAGAGUUGCACCUUUCUGAAUCACCCAGCAUUAAAUCGUUGUGAGCAGUGCGAGAUGCCGCGGUACACUUGAAUCAAGAAGAGGCUUUUGAGGCUGAGAGUGAGGUUCUGAGCACCCACAGAGGAAGAGGAAACCUGGCGACUCCUUCAGACCAUCUGACCAGUGUUUUCCUUUCCAAUUUCCCAAGGGGAAGGAGAUUUGAAAUAGUAUCCACUUGUCUACCACACUAAAGGAAAAAAAAUAAGGGGGAUGUUUUUCUUUCUUACCCACAUUGUGUGCUAAGUGAAGGGAUACUUGAAACCAGGAAAGGAUUCACUCCUCAAAGAAUGUAUACAGGAAAGCCAAGAGCUACUCCUGUUUAAUCCCUAUGGCUAUAUUUACUGCUCAGUGGCCCUUAUUUCUUAAACUUAGAACUUUGAGUCACAGUGCAAACUGUUACAGUUAUCUAGACAAAUUGUGACAUGCUAGCACAGACUCACCUGAUCACAGCGUGCUGGAAAAGAACGCUUCCCUGCUCUGCCAGAUUGUAUCCUGCUGAAAAAAAAAGUCAGGAAAAGGCAACCAGAUUAUUGUAAUGCACAGAGUAAUCAGAGGGGGUUUGUAAUUGCUGCUUUCUUCAGGGGUAAUUUCAAUCUCUAUACACACACAAACACACACACACGUCAGGACAAAGGCGUGAGCCUUAUUUUACUGAAGGUACAAUCAGAGGUGGUAAAAUCCCUUUUGCUUGUACACUAUUCAUUAAGCUGUAUCAACACUGGUAACUAACAGAGACCUAAUUAUGCCACAUAAUGGAUUAAAAAAAAAGUUACUGCAUGCUUUUAUUAGGCUGUUGUGUCCCCAUAAAGUCUGCUUUUAUAUGUGACACUCAUCAGACUGUGCUUUGCUAAUAGUACAGUGAAUGGAUGCCAAAUGCAGACCAGUUCCAAAUUCCAUUUGGAAUACUUGAGCUCAGCUGUGGUUAUGUAUGAGAAGUGUUGGCACCCUGUAACUUAGGCCUUUUCUCAGCUUCCAAUUUUGUGAAGAAUUUAUAAUGUUUACAGCACAGACAGUACUUUGUGCCACAAUCCUGAUUUAGCUGAAAUAUAAUCAAUAUUAGCUAUAAAGGUUUAUUUGCACAUUGUUAAUAAACCACCAUGUUGGAAACCGUACAUGGCUAAUCUUGUAAAGUUGUCCAUUGCAUUUUACGGGUCAUAAAGGGACAAAAGGCUGGUCAGGAAAUGUUAUUAGUAGAAUGAUGAAUACAGAGGACUUUAAAACUAAAUCAAACUAGUAUAGCUAUAGAGUUGGUACCUUUUCUGCAAAGGUAAUGUUGUCAGUCAUUCAGAUAAUCCAAAUAGCUAUAUUAAAGCACUCCAUCUUUAUGAAACCACAGUUUUGGAAUGUGGGUAAAUGAAUGUAAGGUAAAGAUCAUAUAUGAUGGACUAAGAUAUCACCACUGAUGGAAAAUUAGGUGUAAGGGAUUUUAUUAUUCCACUUUGUUAGUAUCAUUUAAAGAACAGAGAUUUUUCUCUCUCACUGAUGCCAUUUUUCUGCAUUGCUCAGAACAGGAUUCUGCAAUCUUUCCUCAUGUUAAUGAGUCAAGACAGCAGUAAAAUGAGCAGGUCUGCCAUUACUAAAGAGAUACGAGUUGUACUACUUGAAUUAGAAAACCAAUCUCUGGCAGAUAUUGAAAAGCAAGCUGCACUAAUAAUCAUAACAAAACCAAAGGCAUCACAGCUCUUAAUAGUUUUUUGUCCAUGACCCAUUCAGAGUCCAUCAAAAUUCUUAUGAUUUCACACUCCAACACAGCCUCAAAGGUAUUUUUCUCAUGUGUGGAAGAAUACCUAAAAUGCAUCAGUUUGUCUGACAGAAUAAGGAUUUUAGUGUGCAAUUGUGGAAUCACACCGAUUAAAAACAUCUCUGCCACAGCUAUGGCAAAACUGUGAAAAUAGUGGUGAGAAAGCAGAAGAGCUUAAAAAAAAUGAACACUUUUUUCAAAAAAGUUCUGUAACACUGGUAUCUGUUAAUCUUGUGUUUUCAGCAGUCAUGUACCAGUUCUAUUGUUUCCAUACACCAAUACCUUUGCCUUCCUAUGGUUUCACAUCUCUUGUUUAUUGAUGGUCAGCCCUGUUUAAAAAUAAUAUGUGAGGGGGAAAAUACUGCUUGGUGUCACUCCAGCUAAAAUACUUUACAAUAACGCUGGCAUUCUAGAGUGGCAGCAUCCAAAUUGACCGUUAUCAGUUAUUCAGCUGAGAAUGGAAGUAGCAUGUUUGAAAAUAUUUUGCUAUUUUAUUAAGACCCUACAAAACUGACUUUUAAAAGAAUUCUGCAUGAAAUGCAUCAAAGUAAAUAAGUUGCUACCAUUCAGUAGAUGCAUGGUUUCUGGUAUUUGGUGAUAUUUCUAGUCAAUCAUAGGUUUCACCUGCCAGGGAAAUUUUUUAAAAAGAAAAAAAAUGUCCUUGGAUAGAUACUUAGAGUGAAUGAAAGAAAUAGAGGUUAAUUUUAAAGAGAUAUUGUGUAUGCUAAUUUUCUGGCUGUACAAGAGAUAUACCAGUUUAGAUUGUCAUUAUUUUAAAAAAAUGUGAAACUUUGCCGCUGAUAGACUAGAUAUGCUUAAAUAUUUAGUGUAUAAAGAAUGUGUUCUUGUGUCCAAUUUAAGCAUUAAGUCACCAAAAUUUAAGAAGUGGGCAAUACCUUUGAAAAUUAGAAUCUAGUGAUAUUGGCAUAGACAGACAAUGGCAUAUAAUUGAAAAUUAUAUUAACUUCAGUUCAGCCUGGGAGAUAAUAUGCUGAUGCUGUUUUGUUCAGUGUACUGCUGGUUUCUAAUAAGAGCAUUUCUGUUAACAUGCUACUAUGUUGGUACAUAUGGUAACGUACACAGUAGAACAUAAACUUAUGACAUUUCACUAUACUGAUAAGCUUUUAAAAAAUAAAUUAUAUUUAACUAUCUUAAAUUAUGGAAUAGUUCUCUAAAAUUUUAAUUGUGAAUAGAGGAGCCAAAGUCCUUCCAAGCACCCUAAAAUGCAUUGAUUUGAUGAUAUUAACUGUUUGGUGAAAGAGUUAGAGGGUUGGGGAGGGAGAAGGGGGCUGGUUGAUAAAGGAAGCUGAAGAAAAUCCAUUUGUAAAGCAGUAGACUUAGAGCAGCAGAUUAAUGAUGGUAGGGAGAGGAGUGGUGCUAUUAUGUUUGUGUAUUUUCCCACAAAAUGGUAAGUGUGAUGAGCAGUGUAAUAUUUUUAAAGAGCUGGUCUCAAUCUUAGUACUUUUUGAUUGUAAUAAAAAAGAAAUCAAUGUCUCAGUAAACUUUGUUAUUGCUUUAUGUCACAAUUAUCUGGAUCACAUAUCCAGUCUUUCUGUGGCAACAGAUAUAGAAAGCAAAUUAUAAAUUCCUUUUGAAAUGAUAUGAAUGAGGAAAGCAAAAACAUAAAAAUUAUGUUAAAAAUGUACAGAAAAAUUGAUCUUAAAAAAGAAGUGGUACACCCUGGAAUGUGAAAAUGUCUUUUUCUAGUUAAAGGUUCAGUUAUUUUAGUUUUACCAGUGUUAAUGAAAUGACUUCAUGCCACAACUAUUGCAUUACACAUACACAUACACACACACACACACACACACACACACACAAACACACAAAUAUAUAUCUGCAGAAAACUAGAAGUGAAAAGUGUACUUUGCAAAACCGGAAUAAUUGGGCACUGACUGUGUUGCAUCACUACUGUAUCUUAUGGAAAGAUUAAACAGUAUUUUCCUAUUUUUAAUUUUGAUGGCAUUUUCCACAUUCACCAGAGGUACAUUUUCAGUAUUAUUUACAUCCUCAAAUAUUUAAUACACGUAGACUUUGCAUGACUUGAGCCUUCAAAGGUCAAUGGGAUUAUGACAUUAGUUAAUUUUAAUUUUUCAAAGCCAUGAAAAGUUUUUUUUUAAAGCUGAGCAUUUUUAAAUUUUUAUUUAUAAUAUCAAUAAUGUACCUAAUCCAUAUUUCCCUAUUGUAAUAGGAUUGAUCACAAUUUUUUUCAUUAAAAGCAAGAGCUUAAUAAAUCUUGUAAAUAUGGUGUCUCUAUUUUAGAUUUCUGUGUACGCUGUGAAUGAAAUUAUUUUGAGAUGAAAUUGUACAAAGGCAUUUAAAAGGCUAUGCAUGCAUCAUACCUCCAACCAGUACAUAUUCGGAGAAUCGCAGAUUCCUGCAAAAUAAAUUAAUAAACUAAGAAAACACUA